UUUGACUUUUAGUUAAAGAGAUGCGCAUGCGCAGGAUAGUUAGUGCGAGCGAGACAUAUAACUGACUUCCACUCCAACAUGGCAGCCCUGCUCUGCAAAGUGGCCAAAGCCGUCGGCGUGCGGGGCUGUCGGCGCUUGUCCCAGUUGGCCGAGCUUCCGGAAACUCACCACAUGCUGCGGCAGACGUGUCGGGACUUUGCCGAGCGCGAACUGAUGCCCUUGGCUGCCCGGCUGGACAAAGAGCAUACAUACCCGGCGCAGCAGAUUUCGGAGCUGGGCGCACUGGGCGUGAUGGCCAUGGAGAUUCCUGAAGAGCUGGGCGGCGCCGGCAUGGACUACUUGGCGUACAGCGUGGCCGUGGAGGAAAUCAGUCGCGGCUGCGCCAGCACCGGCGUGGUGGUAUCCGUCAACAACUCUCUGUACUUGGGUCCGAUCCUGAAGUUUGGUUCCGAGGAUCAGAAGCAGAAGUGGAUCCCGCCUUUCACCGACGGCCAACGUGUGGGCUGCUUCGCCCUCAGCGAACCAGGCAACGGGAGCGAUGCCGGCGCCGCGUCCACGACGGCGCAUCAAGACGGCGACGACUGGGUCCUGAACGGCACCAAAGCCUGGAUCACCAACAGUUGGGACGCCUCCGCCGUCGUGGUUUUCGCUACUACCGACAAAAAGCUCAAGCACAAGGGAAUCAGCGCCUUCCUGGUGCCCAUGCCCCACCCAGGGCUGUCGCUUGGCAAGAAGGAGGACAAGCUGGGCAUCCGGGCGUCGUCCACCGCCAACAUCAUCCUGGAGGACUGCAGGAUCCCGUCGGACAACAUGCUGGGCCCCCGCGGGGCCGGAUUCAAGAUCGCCAUGCAAACUCUCGACAGCGGGCGCAUCGGCAUCGCGGCGCAGGCGCUAGGUAUCGCCCAGGCGUCGCUGGACUGCGCCGCCGAUUACGCUCAUAAACGCUGCGCCUUCGGAUCGCCCAUCGGGAAACUCCAAGCCAUCCAGUUCAAGCUGGCCGACAUGGCGCUGGCCAUCGAGAGCGCUCGCCUGCUGACGUGGAAGGCGGCCAUCCUGCGUGACGCUGCCAAACCUUUCACUAAGGAAGCAGCCAUGGCCAAACUCUCUGCCUCAGAGGCUGCCACCUUCUGCGCACACCAGGCCAUCCAGGUGCUGGGAGGGAUGGGCUACGUGAGCGACAUGCCCGCCGAGCGCCACUACCGCGACGCUCGUAUCACCGAGAUCUACGAGGGCACCAGCGAGAUUCAGAGACUGGUCAUCGCCGGGCAGCUGCUCAAGGACUAUGGAGCCUAGCCGUACGAGCUCACACGAAAACCGCCAAAACACCACCACGAGGUGGUAGCGCUGCUCUGUACAGUGAAUUAACUUCAAAUGGAUUUGACGUCUAGCACCGUCAAUGGCACCCAAAUGAGUUAACUUGGGGUGGUGCCUGAAGAGGACUUUUUUUUUUGAUUAAUAAAGUUGAAAAACAUUUGGUAACCCAGAAUGUCAAAGUGCACAGAUGUGGGAUGUCAUCCGCAGGGUGGAGUUCAUAAUAAGAAUGAAUGAACCCCCAGAGCUUAACAAAAAAAUCCAUCAGGAUCCCUCAGCUAAUCACUAAAAACGAGGGAUCACUGUAUUAGGUGUUGGGGCAAAUGUUACAUACAGUAGAGCAAAUAGUAUUUAGUCAACCACCAAUUGUGCAAGUUC